CCAACAUGUAGCUCUCGCGCAUCAGCUGACGUCCUGGUUGCCCUCAUCGCCCCAAUGCCUACGCGCGCAAUAAAAGCAAUAUUCUUCACGCGCUUCCACUACGAGAAAGGCUCCCGCGUUCUCCACCAGGUCCCAGAAGGCAGCAUAACCCCCUCCAGCUCGCCCUCCGCCCUAUCCACCCCCCUGAUACCCUUCUCCUCCAUCACCUCGUACCUUAUCCCCACUCAGCAAUUUUGCGACCGUCUCCUUACGUUCUGCACGAACCAUUACCGUGUUAUUGGAUACCCAGUCUGCAUACGAGAGGGGAAGUAUAGCAGGAAUGAGUUCAUCUUUAAUUUCGCCGUGGUGAUCGAGGAGGGGGUGGGUGAUUGGGUGGCGUAUGGCGAGGUGGUGAGGAAGAUGGGGAAGUUGUUGCGCGGACUGGAGGAACAAGGAGGCUUCCUCAGCAGAGAGGAGGUGGGGAUGGGGAUUUGGGAUGAUGACGAGGAUAAGGGGUGGCAGAAGGCGGUGGCCAGGGAGGUUGGUUGGGACCAGGGUCCCGUUGGAGGUGGGAGUAAGGUCUAUGCCCUUUGUGAAAUGAUUUUGGAGGAUUUAAACAAUUACUGCGAGUGCAUGAUACCCAUUGAUGACUCCAACACGAUAAACUUCAAGCUCUUCCCGACCCACCCACCUCCACCUCCGAUCCACCCUUACCAGGUCCCUCUCCUCACCAUCUCGCUCUCCUCCCUAACUUCCCCGAUCUCCUCGGACCUGACCCUAAUCCGCAUCAUCCCAUUCAUCAACGGUAUUCACUCUGUCAGUCACAUCGCGCAACUCGCCGACACUGAUAUCUCGCUCACUCGAAAAGCUAUUCAACAUUUAGUAUACUAUGGAUGUGUGCUAUUGUUGGAUAUUUUUAGUUUUGGAGCAGUAUAUGCGCCGACGGCGGAGAUAGGGGGGUUUGUGACCGAUAAAGGGGUAGGGGAAGAAUGCGCGCGAUAUGUGAGAGUGCCGAGGGUCGAGCUUGGUCGCGGGAGCGGUGGCAUACAGAUAGGUAGUGGGUCCGAGAAGAGUCGCGAUGAGCGGUCGUCAUUAUCCUCUGAACCCCAGAGAAAUGACAUUACGUCAACAGCCACCGCCAUGGAGUUCGACAGUUAUGCCCGCAGAGGCGAGGAAGAAGAUUGCGAAAAUAUAUCCCACGAAACGUUGAUAGGACUAUACACGUCCUUGAGACAAGGUUUAACGUUGAAGAGCUGGGUGCUCGAAAAUCUGGAUCUGUUGGCGGGCAUUGAUGUCCGACGUCUGAUAACCUUUGGAGUUAUAAAAGGCUUCCUCUACCGUGUGCAUCGAUAUGCAAUUUCCACAGCAUCAUCGCUUCCCCCACCACCGCUACCGCCGACUUCCCUGCUUGGUCCAAAUGCUCCCACCAAUCCCUCCAACAACAAUAUCAACGUCAAAAAUCACGACUCGGAUACAGCAACCUUGAGGCCGCUAACCCAUAAGCCAUCAAUGGCAUCAACGACGUUCGUGCCCCGAGACAAUGGCGUGAGAGAAAGCGGGUUGAAACACCAUGAUAAAGAGCGCUUGGAUAGCUUGCUUACUGAGGAGAGGGAUGCAUUACCCCUAGUCAGGUUUCUGGAUGGUAUGCAUUGCUUCGAUGAGAUGUGUACGGAGCUAGGACUUGGGGAAAAGGCAGUUGAGGAGAAAAUCAAGCGGGCUGGGGAAGUCGCUUUUCUGUGGCGGUAGAAGAGAGUAAGGUAUGACGGACAGACAGACACCCUGACAUUGUGAAAUCCUACUUUUGUGUACACUGCAUCUGCAUCCGCGUCAAUUGGAAUCGAUUACCUGUGUUCACUUUUCACGGGAGGCUUUAGCCGAGGUGACGGGACCGGAAUCGCCUCCUUUCAUUUUGCACCCUGAAAAAUACCGCUUUUAUUCUGGACUUAACAUGUAAGAACAUCUACGCUAUAGCAUAGCAACCUAGGGGAAAGUAGAUCUUGGGUGUUUAUCAGUCUAAU